CCUGACUAUCUUGAGAAGUCCGGCAUAAGCUAAUCCAUGAGGUUCAAUCAGGCUAAGUAAUUGGGGAUGUGUCAACUCUGAAUUACAAUGAGCAGCAGGGAAGGAUUUGUCAGCUGACUAAUCAGGGAUAGUGGUUUUCUUAUAGUGCUGCCACGCUGGUAAUGGAAGCAGCUACAGCUAACGGUAGCUUUGUUUGAUAGAGAUUUUUGGCUGCCGCUUUUCAAGAAGCAGCUCAUAUUUCAUCAAUGUUUCAUUGACAAUUGGAAAAGAAGAGUGUUAUUGUGUGUAGACGAGAUGGCAGAAGCAACUCCCCCGAGAGGCAAGAUGAGGUUCAGAAGGAAUGCGGCUUCCUUCCCUGGGAACUUACACUUGGUAUUGGUUCUACGUCCAACCAGUUUUCUUCAACGAACUUUUACAGACAUUGGAUUUCGAUUUAGUCAGGAAGAUUUCAUGCUCAAACUACCGGUUGUUAUGCUGAGCUCAGUUAGUGAUUUGCUGACAUACAUUGAUGACAAGCAAUUAACCCCCGAGUUAGGCGGCACCUUGCAGUACUGCCACAGUGAAUGGAUCAUCUUCAGAAAUGCUAUAGAAAAUUUUGCCCUCACUGUGAAAGAUAUGGCUCAAAUGUUACAAUCCUUUGGAACCGAGCUAGCUGAGACAGACCUACCAGAAGAUAUUCCUUCAAUAGAAGGAAUUCUUGCAAUUCGUGCUGAAAAGUAUCACCUGUUAAAGAAUGAUAUUACAGCUGUAACCAAAGAAGGAAAAAUUCUGCUAACAAAUCUGGAAGUGCCUGACCCUGAAGUAGCUAUCAGUUCAAGAUUUGAACAUCAGGAGCAAAUAAGUGGUGACUGGCAAACUGUGAAUAAAUUGCUGACUCAAGUACAUGAUAUGGAAAUUGCUUUUGAUGAAUUUUGGGAAAAACACCAACUAAAAAUGGAGCAGUAUCUGCAACUAUGGAAGUUUGAGCAGGAUUUUCAAGAGCUUGUGCGUGAAGUUGAACUUCUAUUAAAUCAACAAGCAGAGUUGGCAGAUGUCACAGGGAAUAUAGCUCAUAUAAAACAAAAAAUAAAACAUUUGGAAAACUUAGAUGAAAAUUCUCAGGACUUGUUAGCAAAGGUCCAGUAUGUGAUUUUACAUGGACACAGACUUACAUCAAAUCACCAUUAUGCACUUGAUUUGAUCUGCCAGAGGUGCACCGAGCUACAUUAUCUUUCUGAUAUUUUGGUUAAUGAGACAAAACACAAACGGAUACAACUCAGCUGGACCUUCGAAAUGCAUAAACGUCUACAGCAGGCUCUUCAAUGCUGUGGUGAAGGAGAAUGUCUUCUAGCUAAUCAGGUAGAUAAGUUUCAGUCUAAAGAAAAUGCUCAGAAAGCCCUCCAAGAUAUCGAACAUUUUCUUGAAAUGGCUCUGCCCUUUAUAAACUUUGCUACUAAAACCCUACAGUAUGAAUUUGAUGUACUUUUAUCCUCUGAACUCAAAAUAAGAGGCUUCUUUUUAAGUAAACACAUUCAAAUUCAGACUGUACAACUCAAGCUUGAAAGCAUUCGAACUGUAUUUGAGAACCAACAAGCUGGUUUCAAGAACCUGAAAUAUGAGCAUGUGAGGCCAAUCCAGUUUGAGGUACCUGCUUCCAACAAAGCGAUCAUACCUAAAGAACCCUUUUUUUCACCUAAACCUGGGAAGAAGACUUGGAAACAAAAUCAGAGCAACUUAAAAAUUGAAGUGGUGCAUGAUUGUCUGGAGAAGAGAAGUUCUGGUCCAUCCUCCAGCUUGAACAAUAACAAUACCUUGGAUGUUUUAAAGAACCAUGUCCUAAAUGAGCUAAUACAGACUGAGAAGAUUUAUGUUCGCGAGCUGUUUACUGUUUUGUUGGGCUAUAAAGCAGAGAUGGAUAAUCCAGAGAUGUUUGAUCUUAUGCCACCUCUCCUGAGAAAUAAAAAAGAUGUUCUCUUUGGAAAUAUGGCAGAAAUAUAUGAAUUCCAUAGCAACCUUUUCAUGAGCAGUCUGGAAAAUUGCAUUGAUGCUCCAGAAAGAGUCGGACUUUGUUUCCUGGAAAGGAAAACUGAUUUUCAGAUGUAUGCAAAAUAUUGUCAGAAUAAACCCAGAUCAGAGGCAAUUUGGAAGAAGUAUUCAGAAUGCGCUUUUUUCCAGGAAUGUCAAAGAAAAUUAAAACACAGACUUGGUCUGGAUUCCUAUUUACUCAAACCAGUGCAACGACUGACUAAAUAUCAGUUACUGUUGAAGGAACUAUUAAAAUAUAGUAAAGACUGUGAAGGAUCUGAACAAUUAAAGGUGGCACUUGACACAAUGCUGGAUUUACUGAAGUCAGUUAAUGACUCUAUGCAUCAGAUUGCAAUAAAUGGCUAUGUUGGAAACUUAAAUGAGCUGGGCAAGAUGAUAAUACAGGGUGCAUUCAGUGUUUGGACUGGACACAAAAAAGGUGCUACAAAAAUGAAGGAUUUUGCUAGAUUCAAACCAAUGCAGCGGCACCUUUUCUUGUAUGAAAAAGCCAUUGUUUUUUGUAAAAGACGUGUUGAAAGUAGAGAAGGCUCUGGUAGAUACCCGUCAUACAGUUUUAAGCGCUCUUUAAAAAUGGAUGAAGUUGGAAUCACUGAAUAUGUAAAAGGAGAUAACCGCAAGUUUGAAAUCUGGUAUGCUGGGAAAGAAGAAAUUUAUAUUGUCCAGGCUUCAAAUAUAGAUGUGAAGAUGAUAUGGUUAAAAGAAAUAAGAAAUAUUUUAUUGAAGCAACAAGAACUUCUGACAGUUAAACAACAACAGCAACGUAAUCAGUUAACUGAACAGGACCAGCUUUCUUCUCAACAGAAUGAUGAGUAA